AUGGCCAAUCCCGCUCCCACCCUCCUCUGGGGUGGACGUUUCACCGGUGCAAUCGACGAUCUUAUGUUUAAAUUCAACGAGUCCCUCACCUUCGACCGAGCUCUUUGCAAGGCCGACGUCCAGGGCUCUAUCGCCUUUGCCAAGGGCCUAAACCAGCUGCGUAUCCUCACCGACGACGAGCUGAAUCAGAUCGUGUCGGGCUUGAAGAAAGUGGAACAGGAAUGGGAAGAAGGGACAUUCGCCAUCGACCCCAAGUCCGAUGAAGACAUACACACGGCAAACGAGCGUCGGCUCGGAGAGUUGAUCGGCUCCCAGAUCGCAGGCAAGCUCCAUACUGGGCGCUCCCGCAAUGAGCAGAUUGCGACCGACAUGCGUCUGUGGGCUCGAGACCAGCUCGCCGCGCUCGCGCUAUCCCUGAAGGGCGUGCUGCAAGUCUGCGCGACCCAGGCCAAAUCCUCCCUCCCUAUCUUGAUGCCCGGCUACACCCACCUACAGCGCGCACAGCCGGUCCGCUUCUCGCACUGGCUGCUCGGCCACGCGACCUUCAUCCUGGGUGAUCUCCAGCGGCUGGAGGGGGUUCAAGAAAGAGUCUCGUGCUGUCCCUUGGGCGUUGGUGCGCUGGCCGGGAACCCGUUCGGCAUCGACCGCGACUUUCUUGCCCGCGAGCUCGGCUUCUCGUCGGUCCACCAGAACAGCCUGGCCGCCGUGGCCGACCGGGACUUUGUGGUCGAGAUCCUGCAAUGGGCCAGUUUAUUGAUGGUGCAUCUGAGCCGGCUCAGUGAAGACCUGAUUCUCUUCUCGACGGCCGAGUUUGGCUUCGUCCGAGUCGCCGAUGCGUAUAGCACCGGCAGCAGCCUGAUGCCACAGAAGAAGAACCCGGACAGUCUGGAGUUGAUCCGCGGCAAAGCUGGGAGGGUCCUUGGACAGGCGACCGGCUUUCUGGCCACACUUAAGAGUCUCCCGACUUCCUACAACAAGGAUCUCCAGGAGUCCGUGGAGCCGCUGCUAGACUGCGUCAAAACAGUGUCGCAAUGCCUGACCAUCACCCAGGGCGUUCUCGGCUCGCUCGAGAUCUUCGGCGACAAGAUGAAGGCCGCGCUGACGGCCGACAUGCUAGCGACCGAUGUUGCCGACUACCUGGUCGUCAAGGGCGUUCCGUUCCGACAGACGCACCACAUCGCGGGCGCGAUCGUGCGCAGAGCAGAGGAGCUUGGGGUGUCGAUCGCCGAGCUGCCCCUCGAGGAUCUCAAGCAGAUCUCGCCGCUCUUCGAGGCCGACGUGGUCCAAGUCUUUGAUUUUGAGCGGAGUGUCGAGAAGAGGUCGACCAAGGGCGGCACGAGUCGGAGUUCGGUGCUGGCGCAGAUCGAGUCGAUUGAAGCUCUGGUCUCGAAGCCUUGA